AUGCCAGACGACUUUGGUUUGAACGCACAUAUCCUGCCUCAAGAAGUGGCAGAAGAGACACAGCUUCAGCAGCUCAUACGGCACUGGAUGAACGAACAACACGCGCCGGACAUCCUCCCUGGACAGGAGAUGCUGCUCGGAAGGAUCCUGGACCAUGUCAAGAAGCAGUCGGAUGAUGUCCAGCUGCUUCGCGCAGACCCGGACUCCUCGGAGGAUGAGCAUUUCCGAAUUAUGCUUGUGCAAACGGAGAUCGAGCGCGUCAAGUUUGUCGUGCGCUCCUAUAUACGUACGCGAUUACACAAGAUCGAAAAGUACGCAAAGUGGAUCAGUAAGACGCCUGAAGUACAGGAGAGGUUAUCAAAAGCUGAGCUUAAACACGCCAGACGAUAUGCACGACUGCUCGAAUAUCACCUGACUCAAUCUGUCCUACAAAGUCUGCCGCCAGAACAGCGGUCUCUUGAGGACGACGUGCCUUUCAUCAUGCCUCCCAUGACUCCCGAGCCAGACGGCAUGCGUCCGGUUUUCGUUCACGCGCGCCAGACUUGCCCACCCGUUCGCUUACCAGAUGGGACGGCAAUAACGAUGGAGAAAGGCCGAAUAUCGUUGACGCCGUACAAUGUCAUUGAGCAACUGCUGGCAAGAGGCGAGGUCGAGUUGAUCUGA